GUGAAAGUAAGGACACAGGAAGUCAGAGAUACAGCAGCGAGGGGAUGCAUCCAGGCUACUUGUAAUGGGGCUAAACUUAUAAAUCAGAGGAUUGACUUAAAAUUUGGGCAGACCAGCAAAGAGGCUGCUGGUGCCAGGCAGCAACGCAGGACUAGCCCGAACCCGGAGAGAAAACACCUAGAGAGACUUUCCUCACCGCCCACUGCUCACAAACUCUCGCCCAUGUACCCCAAGGAGGAGCACAGCGCAGGAGGCAUCAGCUCCUCUGUCAACUACCUUGAUGGAGCCUAUGAGUACCCAGACCCCACACAAACCUACGGUACCUCGUCGCCCGCAGAUCCUGCCUCUGUCGGAUACUACCCGGUUCCCACGGACCCCCACGCGCCCCCGGUUGAAGAACAUCUGCAGACGUUGGCCGCCGGAUCCAGCAGCCCUCUCAUGUUUGCACCCUCAAGCCCUCAGCUGUCCCCGUACCUGAGCCAUCAUGGAGGACACCACUCGACCCAACAGGUGUCUUACUACCUGGACGCAUCUUCUAGCACAGUCUACAGGUCCAGUGUGGUAUCUUCUCAGCAGGCAGGUGUUGGUCUGUGUGAGGUGUUGUGCAGUGCGACUGACAGGCAGGAGUUGUACACCGGAUCAAGAGCUGCGGGAGGGUUUGAUUCAGGGAAGGAGACGCGCUUCUGUGCGGUGUGCAGUGACUAUGCCUCUGGCUAUCAUUAUGGAGUCUGGUCCUGCGAGGGAUGCAAAGCUUUCUUCAAAAGAAGCAUUCAAGGUCAUAAUGACUAUGUUUGUCCAGCGACCAACCAGUGCACUAUUGACAGAAACCGCAGGAAGAGCUGCCAAGCAUGCAGACUACGCAAGUGUUAUGAAGUAGGCAUGAUGAAAGGAGGUAUUCGUAAGGACCGCGGUGGCCGCGCUAUCAGGCGCGAGAGGAGGAGGAGCAGUAAUGAGGAUCGUGACAAGAGCUACAAUGAGCAGUCAAGCCGUGCUGCACUGAGGACAGCCACCCCUCAGGACAAGAGGAAGAAGAGCAGCAGCGGGGUGGCCAGCGCUGUAUUAAUGCCACCUGACCAGGUGCUGGUGUUGCUUCUGGGGGCAGAGCCGCCGGCUGUCUGUUCACGUCAGAAGCACAGCCGCCCGUACACCGAGAUCACCAUGAUGUCCCUGCUCACAAACAUGGCUGACAAAGAACUUGUCCACAUGAUCACCUGGGCUAAGAAAGUACCAGGGUUCCAGGACCUCUCUCUGCACGACCAGGUUCAGUUGUUGGAGAGCUCUUGGCUGGAGGUGUUGAUGAUCGGCCUCAUAUGGAGGUCCAUUCAUUCACCUGGAAAACUCAUCUUUGCUCAGGAUCUCAUUCUCGAUAGGAGUGAAGGAGAAUGUGUUGAGGGAAUGGCUGAGAUUUUCGACAUGCUUUUGGCGACUGUGGCUCGAUUCCGCAGUCUCAAACUCAAGCUGGAGGAAUUUGUUUGUCUUAAAGCCAUCAUACUUCUCAAUUCAGGGGCAUUUUCAUUCUGCUCCAGUCCAGUGGAGCCCCUGAUGGACAGCUUCAUGGUGCAGUGCAUGCUGGACAACAUCACUGAUGCCCUCAUUUACUGCAUCAGUAAAUCAGGUGCCUCGCUGCAGCUGCAGUCCCGCCGUCAGGCACAGCUCCUGCUGCUGCUCUCCCACAUCAGACACAUGAGCAACAAAGGAAUGGAGCACUUAUACCAUAUGAAAUGUAAGAACCGAGUCCCGCUGUAUGAUCUUUUGCUGGAGAUGCUGGAUGCCCAACGAUUCCAAUCCCCAGGAAAGGUGCAGCAACUAUGUGAAGAGAGUGAGAAAGAUCCCCCAUCUACACCCACAACCAGCAGCAGCAGCAGCCCUUCCAGAGGACCUGGAGCCAUGCAGCCCAACACUGCCUGUUCAGCCCAGACCCCUGAUCUAUGUACUGAUCUGGUACCAUAUACAAUCCCAACAGCUGCAGAAUGUGAAGACUGCAAACCAGUAAUAAGGACUGUGAUUCAGUAUUCAGUCAGAUUAGAACUAAAAAUGAGAAUUUGAAAAUGAACAUAUUUGUAGAAACACACAGGUUAGGUCUUCAGAUAAUAACAAGGCUCCCAAACACUAUACAUAUAUGGUCACCUGAUUCAUGAGUUUGUCAAAGCUUAUUACAGGGAUUCAGAAAACAUUUUCUUGAAAAAGGGCUCUUUUUGGUGCACUAAGAGUUUCAGUUGAAGCUGCUAAUUCUUUUUUUUUUUUUUUUCAAUAUCUAUUGAUUGACAGCUUUAACAUCACAAACCUACUUAAGCAAAUAAAUAAAUAAAUAAAAAGGAAAAGAAAAAAGAGCAGGUGAUUGGUGAAGUGCAUUAGAAACUAGCAUUUCUGCAGGCGUUUUAUUGCUAUUUAGUAUUUAGCUAUCAAUGAUUAUUCAGUCAGUGGAUUAGAAAACAGGUGGUUAUAUUGACAUUUCACUGUCAAAUCUCAGUUGUCAGUCACAGAAAUUAGUAGUGUUACCUUAAAGUCCCCCUGUAGUCAAUAAUAUUAUCCCUUAAAACUCAUCUUUGAUCACCAAAAUGACAUAUUUGAAUGUUUUUUACCUUGAAAAGAAGAAAAAUCUUCAUGCCUUAAAAUAGCUUGAAUGUAACUCUACACCCUUGCCUCAUUUAGUACAUGUGGUUCUGUGAAUAUGCAAAAUUAGCCCCACCUCCACUCACACCAGUUCAGAGAUCCACCAUUGGUUACAAGGUAGUUUGUGACGUCACAAACACCAGCGAUUUUAAACGUGUUUUUGAGUUUUAUUUUUAUUUUUUUUACUGGUUUUAAAGGGUCAUGAAACCCCAGAACACAUUUUUUGAGCUGUGAACAGAUAUGUAUAGCUGUGUGUAGGCUACGUUUCCCCCAGCACAGCAAGCACAUGAGUGUUGUUUGUAUUUUGGCCACGAUGCAGUCAGAACCGGGGCCUGUACCAUGAAACCGGAUUAGCUGGCUAGCCAGGUAAGUUUCAGAUUAGUUUGCGCCAAUCCUGGGUUUUAGGUACCAUGAAAGUAACUUGACUUUUAGCGGUGUUCGUCGCCAUAGUAACUUACGCUCCACGGCUAACCUGCUCCCUGGGGCAGGUUAUGUUCUGGUUUAGAGAUCUCAAACUGAAAUUGGACCAAUCAGAUGUAAGCUUAGUGACAGUGACACACUCAACACAAUAAAGUCACUCCCCCAGCUUCUCUUCCUCCAAAUUAAUGGUCAUUAUAUAGUAAAAACAAAUAUUUAACGAUGAAAUUGUCUGGUUUUAAUGAUAAUAUAAUUUAUACAGUAUAUGAUUUGUAUAAUUAUAUGAUCUAUAUUUUUAUUAAUCCAUUACACACAUGCAAGUUUAGUAUAACAGUAGUUAUUAAGCACUUAGUUUCAAUGAAAAAAAAAAAAAAAAAAAAAAUAUAUAUAUAUAUAUAUAUUAUAGAUCAUAUGUAAUAUAGGCCUAAAUAAUAUACUCUUUAAAAAUUACUACGUGACCUUGUAUGUUUAAGUCUAUCGCUAUAUACUAUCAACUAUAUAAACUAACUUUACAACUUUCACUUGCACUGAUAGAGAAAGAUCAUUUCUUUUAUCUGUCCUCUUUCACAGACAAGUAUUUUCCAUUAGUUUAAUGGUUCGCGCUGGCUCUCUCGCAAGAAGUGAAUCACAAUUUAUUUCUGUUGCAAGGCAUGUGAUUGGCUGUUUGCCACUGAUGUCUCAGAUUCAUGCGCACACGCUCCUCAAACUCAGGAUCAAAGCCUGAGUUGACAGAGAAAGUUGAUGAUCAGCAUCAUGGUACCAACAAAGCCAGAUAGGAGUGGUUUGGUUUUGUCAACUUGAAACUAAUCCUAUAACCCUGAGUUUGUUCAACUAACAUCAUGGUACAGGCCCCUGGAGUUUGAAUACGAACACAUGAAAAAUACAAUUGUUAUGAUAUACACUCAACAAUGGUGUUGACUUUGCAAAUGGUUUGUCUUAAAGCAUAUUAAAAACACCACUUAGACAUAAAAACAACAUUAAAAACUUGAUUUUGACCAUAGGGGGACUUUAAAUGUAUAAAAAGUGAAUAACUUUAUACUGUAGUGUCUGCGUUACUAAUUUUUCAUGAUACUAUAAUUAUUUACGUUAUGGCAAUAACAAGUAACAUGUCCACUUUAGUAUAAAGUGUGACCAAAUUGAAAAGAGCACAGGAGAAAGAAUAAAGAAAAAAAACAAGAAAAAGAAAAUUACUUGUAUAAAACGGUUUGUUAAUGCAUUGUGAUUUAUUCUCGGAAACAGAGCUAUUUAUCAAUACAAAUCACUGAUUUUUAUUUUUAAUGUUAAUAUGUAAUUUUAACUCAAAGGGGGAAAAUGCUCAGUAAUUAGUGGUGACGUGGCAUUUUUUUUUUUUGUGCAAAGACGUUUACUUAUUGGUUGGCUGAUUUCACAAAAUUUUAAAUCCUAUUUUUGCUGUAUUAAAGUGCUGUAAUUUAUGGCGAUGUUCGAGCCAAAUUUCAACAUUGUGAAGGACAAUGACGGCCUUAUAUUACUAUGUAAACUACAUUGUCACAUUUUGGUGCAAAUCUGUGAAUGUGUUUGGUCAUAGUCCAGUAGACUUGUACAUUGCAUUUAUCAGCUAUUAUAUUUCAUACUUGAAUGUUAUGAUUUGUACAGUACAAGUUUUGAUUUUGAAAGACCUAAAUGUGAAAUGUUAAUUUGGCUCAGUUAAUUAUAAAGGAUAGAGUUAAAAAAUAUAUUAAAUGAAAAGAUGUGUCUUUAUUAUCAGCAUUAGCAAACUGUACAUAGAUAAAUAGGCAUAAACAUUGUAAUCAUAAUGAAUGUUUUUGUCAUACUGUCAUUGUCAUAACACAAAUUAACAUAGAUGACGGUAAUAAAAAGCACGCGUCUCUCAUAGAGCUACAUCAGUGACUGCUUUACAUUUCUGGACAUGAAAAAAAAAAGUGAACAUGCCAUAAAAUAAAAAUACAUUUGAAUUGC